AUGGCAUCAACCUUGUCUUGGCAGGAGUUGGCGGGGGCGGAGGCGCGGGUAGCAGCGCUGCAAGGGUCGGUGGCGGCACUGGAGGCGGAGGUGAGGCAGCAGGACCAGCUGCUCAACGACAUCCGCGCCGAUGCUGUCUCCAGUGCUGAUGCCCUGCGCACCGCUGCUCAGAUCAACCAGGACCUGAAUGCAGCGAGGGAGCGCGAGGCGGAGCUGUUGGAGCAGCUGGAGCAGCGCGAGGCGGAGGUGGAGAGUCUGCGCCGCGACACCUCCGAGAACAUCCGCGCGCAGCGAGCUGAGCUCGCGCUGCGGGAGGCGGAGAGGCGGGCGCGCGAGCUGGAGAUGGAGAGGGAGUCACUGCGGCGGGGCGUGGCGAAGCGCGACCAGGCGCUGGGGCUCAUGAAGAGGGAGCUCGAGCGCAGCGCGCACAUGCUCUCCGCCGCUGCUGACACCCGCCAGGCGCUGCGGAGCAUGAAGGAGCAGAUGGAGUGGAUGCAGGAGGAGGCGCGCGUCAAGGAGGAGCGCCUGGCAGCGCUGCAGGAGGAGUUUGUCUCCGCGCUCAAGGGCACCACCUUCCCAUCGCUG